AGAUCAAAGUGGAGAUCGUUGAUAGCUGUCUGACCAAUUCUGGUGGCUGUGGCCAUAAAUGCACCCACACUCGAUCAGGACCUGUCUGUUCCUGUAACACGGCUAUCUACUUCAAGCCGAUGGAAAAUCAUGCGAAGAUAUCAAUGAAUGCCUGGAUGAGGAUCAUUGCUGUUCACAGUCCUGUUAUAACAACCCAGGAUCGUACAUGUGCGGAUGCACAGCUGGCUUCCGUUUGAAAAGAGAUAGUUGUGGCUGUGAAGAUGUUAACGAAUGUCUCAAUGACAAUGGAGGCUGUGAAGAGCAGUGCGUCAAUUCCGAAGGGUCGUACCAAUGUAUCUGUAGAGUUGGCAAGCUGUUGGCUCGAGACGGCCGCACCUGUAUACUUAAAAUCUCCAGAGGAGAUACCCCAGUAACCCCUGAAUCAACUGCUUCUACCCUCACACACUCAGACACACAGUCACAUGAGAGAGUACCCACUAACCCUAAAGAAUGUGAGAUUGGUUAUUUCGGACCAAGCUGCCAUUUUACCUGCAGUAAUUGUAUGAACGGUGGACAGUGCAAUGAAGCCAGAGAUGGUUGUCUCUGUAAACCUGGAUUCCAAGGAAUUCUUUGCAACAACACAUGUCGCCAGGGUACAUUUGGCAUUGACUGCAACAGACUGUGUACUUGUCAAAAUGGAGGGACUUGCAACCCAGAAACAGGUGGAUGUACAUGUCCUCCGGGUAUUAAAGGUGUAAGCUGUGAAAUUGGUUGCUCACCUGGUUACUAUGGUGAGAACUGUGACAAGAGGUGUCCGCAGCAGUGUCCAGAAGGUUACUGUAAUCGUAUGUUAGGUAACUGUGAAUGCGAACCAGGAAUGUUUGGUCCAUUGUGUAAUCGGAAGUGUCCAGACUUCUCCUGGGGUCGCAACUGUAUUCAAGAAUGUGCUUGUAACCAGAAACAUAGUUCGGGAUGUGAUCCUAAAAAUGGUAAAUGUAUAUGUCUUGCUGGAUACCAAGGAAUCAGUUGUAACCAAAAAUGUCCAGAAAACAGAUAUGGCAUUAAAUGUCAAAGAACAUGUAAUUGUCCAAAAGAGACAACUUGUGAUCAUGUGGGUGGAGAAUGUAAAUGGAAUUGUCCAGCAGGUCGGACAGGGUUCAGGUGCCAGAAAGUCUGUGAACGAGGAAAAUAUGGAAGGAAUUGUUUGAAACACUGUGAAUGUGGCAACAGUGGCUGUAGUCCUGAGACUGGAGCAUGUCUCUGUGAAGCCGGACACCAUGGCAGACAUUGUCUACAAGAAUGCAAAAAAGGGCGUUGGGGUAUAAAUUGCCUUAAUGUCUGUGAAUGUGAAAAUGGUGCUUCCUGCGACCCUGCUACAGGAGAAUGUAUAUGUCGACCUGGCUGGUUCGGUCUCUCAUGUGAACAAGAAUGUCCUAGGGAGAGAUACGGAGAGAAAUGUCUAGAACGGUGCCGAUGUGAGAACAAUGCAACCUGUAUUGCAACAAAUGGUUCCUGUAUUUGCCAACCAGGAUGGGUUGGACAAGUUUGUGACAGAAUGUGUGCCCCUGGAACUUAUGGUGUAAAAUGCCGUAGCAAAUGCAUCUGUCAGAACAGUGCCGAAUGUGACCCAGUGACUGGAGAGUGUAUUUGUUCUCCAGGCUGGACAGGAGUUGGUUGUAACGAACGAUGUCCCCAAAACACAUACGGCCCUGGAUGUUCAAUGAGAUGCGCUUGUGAAAACGGAGCCUACUGUGACCACAUCCAUGGUGUCUGUAUCUGUACAGCAGGUUGGCGAGGCAAGAUUUGCAACAAAGCCUGCCCCGAGGGCUUCUAUGGCAUUGAAUGUCUAAAGAAAUGUGAAUGCAGAAAUGGAGCACAGUGUGACUACGUGACUGGGGUGUGCAGCUGUGCCCCAGGAUGGAUGGGGAACAAGUGCACAACCCCUUGUCCAGAGGAUACCUAUGGAAAGGACUGUGAAGAGUUCUGUGACUGCCUCAAUGGUGGGAACUGUGAUGCUGUAUCUGGAAUUUGCAUUUGCAAACCUGGAUAUAUGGGCAGACAGUGUGAAAAAGUCUGCACUGCUGGGUUCUUUGGAAUUGGUUGCCAACAACGCUGCCGGUGUCUAAAUGAAGGAGAUUGCAACCCUAUCAAUGGUUCCUGUAACUGCAAAAGUGGUUGGAUGGGAAAAUCUUGUGAAAAACGAUGUCCCAGAAACACGUACGGACGCAACUGUGAACAGCUUUGUCGCUGUGCCAAUGGUGGAGACUGUGAUCCAGAAACAGGGGAAUGUAGUUGUGACGAUGGUUACACUGGAAGAUUCUGUGAAAACAAAUGUUCAAGAGGUUUCUUUGGGAAAAAUUGUGAAAAUAAAUGUAAAUGCAAGAACAAUGCCAGCUGCCAACAUACGACGGGUCGCUGUUUGUGUACGACAGGAUGGAGGGGAAGACACUGUGAUAAAGUCUGUAUUCCAGGGUUUUAUGGUGAAGAAUGUUCCAAAAUGUGUAAAUGCCAUAAAGGUGAACCUUGUGACCAUAUUACUGGCAAAUGUAAUUGUCCACCAGGGUAUACAGGACACGGCUGUCAUCAAACAUGUCCACCACGCACCUAUGGUGCCGGGUGCAAGAAAAAAUGCAACUGCGGUCGGAAGUCAGUCUGUGACCACGUUACUGGCAAAUGCACCUGUAAAUCUGGACGGAAAGGCAAAGAUUGUAACCGAAGUAAAACAUUUAAAAUCAAGAGGAAAAUGAAGAAACAGAAAAUGGCAAAAACAACACCAAGUCCUGAACUUCAUGGAGGUUGCAAAGAAAAUGAAUUUGGUCCUGGAUGCAACCGAGUCUGUGAGUGCCAGAAUGGCGGUCAUUGUGAUGAAGUGAGUGGAGAAUGUAUCUGUCUUUUGGGAUGGAUUGGAGCAACAUGUGAACAGCCUUGUCCUACUGGUCGUUAUGGAUUGAACUGCACAGAAGUUUGUCAGUGCCAACAUGGUGGAAUCUGUGAUCCCCGAUCAGGGAGAUGUUCCUGUCCAGCUGGACACAUGUCAAAAUAUUGUGAAACAUCUUGUCCCCCAAACAAGUAUGGCAUCAACUGUGAGAAUGAUUGCCAAUGUGGGAAGGCUGGCAUUUGUAAUCCACAGGAUGGAACAUGUCAGUGUAAAAUGGGCUGGAGUGGCGAAACUUGUGAAGAAUCCUGUCCAUCUGGUCGAUAUGGUCCCAACUGCAUACACACAUGUCAGUGUCAAAACAAGGGAACGUGUGAUCCAGUCACAGGGUGUUGUACCUGUGCAAAUGGCUUCUAUGGACAACUCUGUGAAAUUCAGUGUCCUCCAGGAUCUCACGGUUUCUAUUGUAAAGAACGGUGUGACUGUGAAAAUGGAGCAUUGUGUGAUCCAGCCACGGGACAAUGUAAAUGCAAGCCCGGAUUCAUAGGAAAUCGCUGUGAAAAAGAAUGUGAACCAGGGACCUUUGGUUUACACUGUCAAGAGAAAUGUGACUGUGCUUCUUAUGGCUGCAACCCAGUCACAGGGGAAUGCAAAUGUCCCUCAGGAUACACUGGACCCAGGUGUGAAACAGCAUGUUCUGAAGGACGCUAUGGUCCAAACUGUCGCUACGUCUGUGAGUGUGACAACUCUGGAACGUGUGACCCCAUGUCAGGUCACUGUAACUGCCUAGACGGUUGGAUUGGUGCUAAAUGUGAACUCACAACAGAAACUUCAGGCACGCGGCGUGGAGAUGUACAUUGGACUGACCACUAUAGCAAGUAGCAGAACAUGACUUUCAAACUGAGACAGAUGUGAUAGCAUAACCUACAUAUCUUGUACAAAAUGCUUGACCGCCAGAUCAAAUUUGACAGCAGGCAGUGGACAUCAAGAAGAACAUAUGACAAACAGCCAUGGCAUACACACACACAUAGAUUACACAGCACACACACUCACCAUAAAGACUCAGUCACAGACACACACACACACACAUGUAUGUAUGCAGACACACACAGAUUGGAAAAGUCUUUUUGUGGAAGACCUUGGAUUCUUAUGGAACCAUUUUUGUUACCAAACCACUGCCACCUCAAAAGGAGAU